AUGUCUUCCUUUUUUUUCCCCUACUUUGAUGUCUUCCUUUUUUUUUCCCCUACUUUGAUGUCUUCCUUUUUUUCCCCUACUUUGAUGUCUUCCUUUUUUUUUCCCCCUACUUUGAUGUCUUCCUUUUUUUUUUCCCCUACUUUGAUGUCUUCCUUUUUCCCCCCGACUUUGGUGUCUUUCUUUUUUUUCCCCCGACUUUGGUGUCUUUCUUUUCCCCCCCCUCUUUGGUGUCUUCCUUUCCCCACCCUUCUUUGGUGCCUUCCUUUUUUUACUUACUUUGGUGUCUUCCUUUUAUUCCCCCCUACUUUGGUGUCUUCCUUUUAUUCCCCCUACUUUGGUGUCUUCCUUUUAUUCCCCCUACUUUGGUGUCUUCCUUUUAUUCCCCUACUUUGGUGUCUUCCUUUUAUUCCCCUACUUUGGUGUCUACAUUUUUCCCCCUGCUUUGGUGUCUACAUUUUUUUUUCCACCUACUUUGGUGUCUUCUUUUUUAUUUCCCUUAUUUUGGCGUCUUCUUCCUUCUUUUUCCCUUAUUUUGGCGUCUUCAUCCUUCUUUUCCUCUUAUUUUUUACGUCUUCUUCCUUUUUUUCCUAUUAUUUUCUUUUUUCUUUUUCUUUUUUUCCUUCUUUUUUUUGGCUCUUCUUCGGUUUUUUCCACCUACUUUGGCGUCUUUUUUUUCACCUACUUUGGCAUCUUCUUCCUUUUUUUCUCUUACUUUGGCGUCUUCUUCCUUUUCCCCUACUUUGGCGUCUUCUUCCUUUUCCCCCUACUUUGGCGUCUUCUUCCUUUUCCCCUUUAGCUCUUCUUCCUUUUCCCCCUUUUGGCGUCUUCUUUUUUUUCCCCUACUUUGGCGUCUUCUUCCUUUUCCCUACUUUGGCGUCUUCCUUUUUCCCUUCUUUGGUGUCUUCUUCCUUUUCCCCCUACUUUGGAGUCUUCUUCCUUUUCCCCCUACUUUGGCGUCUUCUUCCUUUUUUCCCCCUCCUUUAUGUCUUCUUCCUUUUUCCCCCUACUUUGAUGUCUUCUUCCUUUUUUUUUCCCCUACUUUGA